AUGACUUUUGGGGGUCUGGAGCAGGACAUUGUAAAAACAGAGCUGUCCGGAUACCUGGGCCGGGUUCGUCCUCUCCCUUUCCCUCUGCCCCUGACUGUGUCCACUAGGGACCUGCAGAAGAGGCCCUCACCACCGGGCCACCGUGUUUCCCGGUCUCUCCGGGUUAAUUCCGUAGAUGGGUGUCUGAACAUGGCUGAUAGUCUGCCUUUUGAAGAUGGCGCAGCUUUAGCCCAUCCUCAGCAGUACCCUGAGUGCGUUGUGGUCGUCCACGCGCAGCGAUAUCCAGUGGAGAAAUUUUCCUCUACGCUCUUAGGUAGCCAGCACAAGCAGUCAGUGCUUUCUAGUUCCAGGAUGUCCCGAAGCUUGAUGAUCCUGAAUGUGUUCUCUAGUAAGGGCAGAGACACACUCCGUUUUGUUCUGGGGCAGCCGGUCCUGAUUAUAUGGUCUUUUCUUACUGGCCACCUCUUGACUCAGUCUAGGAAGGAGGCACAGAUUAGUACUCUCCAGGAGAGCAGCAGUCAAGUUCAAAUCAAGAAAAAGAAAGAUCUCACUACCUUGGGAGAAGGUGGAGAAGGAUUUGCCAAUCAGGAGGACGGCUCCCCAGUCACCGAGAGGCCUUGUGAUCAGGGAAAGGGCUCUGAUCACAGUGGGAGCGCCUCAUCAGCUUUUACACGUCUGUUUGUCAACGGUGUGCUCUCUUCGUUUAUACCCAAGCCAGGACCUCUGGGUAGAGAUACCUGUUCGAAGAACUCAGGAAAGAGCUGUAUUAAGGAAUACCAGAUCGCUUUCAAGAGCUCAUGCAAACGAAAUGCUAUUGCCAGCUCCUACAGUUCCUCGCUAGCACAGUGGCCACCAGAGAGAAUUUGCGUGCGUGCUACCAGAAGGGCUGCACCUAGGGCGACUUCCAAAGCCGCCCCUGCACGUGAUACCAGAGGUGCUGUCCCAGGUGCUGCUCCAGGCGCUGUUUCUAGUAGGGCUGCAGGUGCAGCCCCAGGUGCUACUGCGUGUGAUACCCGAGGUGCUGUUCCACGAACUGCUCCAGGAACUGCUGCAGGCGUUGCUCCAGGUGCUGCUUCUGGUGCUGCUGCACGUGCUGCCACAGGUGAUGCUUCAGGGGCUGUCACAGGGGAUGUUGCAUACAAUACCACAGGUGCUGCCCCAGGAGCUACUUCUGGUAAUGCUGCAAGUGCUGCCCCAGGCGCUGCUGCAGCUGUUACAUCGGGUGCUGCUACAAGUGCUGCCCCAGGUGCUGCUACAUGUGCUGUUGCAAGUGUUACUUCAGGGGCUGCUGCAGGGGCUGCCCCAGGUGAUGCUUCAGGGGCUGCCGCAGGUACCGAUGCACAUGCUACCCGGGGUGCUUUAAGAGGCACCACUGCACGUGCUACCCGAGGUUCUUUGAGAGCUGCUGCUGCACGUGCUAUCCGAGGUGCUUUGAGAGGCACUGCAGCACGUGUUACCCGAAAUUCUUCAAAAGGUGCCAUUGCACGUGCUACCCGAGGUUCUUUGAGAGCCGCUGUUGCACAUGCUAUCCGAGGUGCUUCAAGAGGUGCUGCUGCACGUGCUAUCCAGAGUGUUUCAAAAGGUGCUGCAGCACGUGCUACCCGAGGUGCUUCCAGGGGUGCUGCUGCACGUGCUACGCGAGGUGCUUUGAAAGGUGUUGCUGCACGCGCUAUUCGAGGUGCUGCCAAAGGUGCUCCUGCAUAUGCCGCACCACUCCCAGGUUGGGCCCAGUUGCAGGUGCUUGCUAAGAAAUGCAGGGAAAAAAGCCGCGAACGUAGCUCUUCAGGUUGUACGAAAAAAAAGAAAAAGAAACACAGGGAAGCAGAGCAGGCAACCACGACAGAUGAUCCUCAAGUUCAGCAAGAAGACCCAUUGAAUGGCCUCCCCACACCGGAUAUUCCAAGGCCUGUGAGACGCAAGAUCCCUCUGUUGCUGCCCCAUAGUCGAGGUGUUCCACUGAUUUUGCCCCAAUCCCCAGAACUAUGUUUUGAUAUCAUUGUAGAUGACUUUGACCUAGAGAAGAAAACUGAAAUGCAGUGGACCAAGACCUUGAAGGGUAACGGUGCCAAGGCCUGGCAUAAUUAA